UACUCGGCCGAUCGGUCUGUGCUUCUGGUGAUGCAGACUGGAGGUGCCCAGUCUUGCGAACCACCCUACUCUAUUGCCUACAGGGUCUGAGAAUACAGUGUCCCUUGGUCCUUUCCCUUCAGUAGCAUGGGCUGCGAUAAGCUAAGCAUUCUUUCUACUGAGUCUCACUUUUCCUCGUCUGCAAAGUAGGAAAAAAAGACAACUUGGAUUUGCAGGGCGCUAAGGUUCUAGAAUUAUAAUGGUCGGCAGAAGAGGGAGAGCCACACUUGACCUCCCUGGUCUGGGCCCCGCCUACCCCUGGUCCAGAGGGUGGGGGAGGAAGCUCCCCGCCUAGACCAGCGGCUGGAGGCGUGUCCUAGGAAACUGGAUCCUGCUGCCCUUGGCCUGGGCUAAGGCGCGCGGCUCAGCUUGGAGACUUGGGGUCGAUCAAGGAUGGGGUCUGCACUCUGGGCUUCUCAGGGAGCCCCCAUGAAGAAGAAAGUUGUGCAAAGAUACUACGUGUGACCCGGAGCGCGUCUGGGAAAAAUGCAGGAGCGGAUGGGGAGCAGGUAACCGGACUGCCUCUGCCCGUGGGGACCGCGGAGGCGCACGUCGAGGGUCUCUGGAGAACUCCGUUGAGAGCGGCGGCGAGGACAUGAGGAGCAUUCAGUCCACCCUGCCCAAGGUUGGCAUCAGGGCUGGAGGCGACUUGCGACAUUGAAGCGUGCAAGUGGGGCACCACCGCCCGAGGGCAGCGCCAUGGCCAGAGAGGAGUGCAAGGCGCUGCUGGACGCGCUCAACAAGACCACAGCGUGCUACCAUCACUUAGUGCUUACUGUGGGCGGCUCCGCGGACACGCAGGACCUACGCGAAGAGCUGCAGAAGACCCGCCAGAAGGCGCGGGAACUGGCCAUGGCCACCGGUGCCCGGUUGACCGUCGUGCUCCGCGACCGGAGCUUAGCUACCGAGGAGCGCGCCGAGUUUGAGCGGCUCUGGGUGGCCUUUUCGGGCUGCCUGGACCUGCUCGAAGCCUACAUGCAGCGCGCACUGGCGCUGGGAGCCUCCUUCCCGCUGCACGCGCCGCGCCGGCCACUUGUUCGCACUGGGGUGGCCGGCCGCUCCUCUGCCGUAGCCGCGCGCGCUCUGAGCGCCCGCAGCCUGCGGCACGAAGCCGAGAGCGAUUUUGAUGUCGCCGAUCUGCCCCAGUUGGAGCGCGAAGUCCUCCAGGUGGGCGAGAUGAUCGACGACAUGGAAAUGAAAGUCAACGUGCCCCGCUGGACUGUACAGGCGCGACAAGCGGCAGGCGCGGAACUCCUGUCCGGUGCCAGUGCCGGCGCGUCCUCCGCCGGUGGCAUUUCGGUGGAAGAGCGCGCGGGACCCUGCGACCCCAGCAAGGCCCUGGCUGCCACCGUUUUCAGCGCCGUGCUGUUGGUGGCUGUGGCCCUCGCCUUAUGUGUGGCAAAGCUGAGCUGACUGAUAUCAAACGGCCGUCCGCUGCUCCUUCUCUUUCCAAGGCAUGGGCUUGGGGUUUGAACCGUUAAGGAGAGAGGUAGUGAGCCCGGAUGUGUGCGAAAGAACAUGAUCCUUUCAAGGCCCAA